UUCGAGGGGAAUAUGUUUUGCGUUUCCAUUUCCAUGCUGUUCCAACUCUCCCAAUCCACCGGUAUAAAAUUAUCCUUCCUGCGGGGAUCUGAUUUAGUUUUGAUUUACUUCUGUUCGAGUGAAGUCGUUUUUCGAAGACACCCAGUGACACAAUGGCUGAGGAACUUAUCUAUCGGCAAUACUUCUACAACUACCAUCACCAGCAGUACAUUCAUCCCCAAGCGAUGGAUUUCACGCCUCCUCCGAGCAGUCCGGAGUUCAUCCCAUCGACACUGAGCUUCACGCCGGAGGCCUUCGAAUCCCGCCAGUACAACAGUGACUACGAUUGGAUGGCGGCCAGUCCGGAAAGCAGUGGAUCGCCGGGCCUUCCCAACGACUUCGGUUCCCCCGAUCAAAUCCUGACUACUGCGAUCAAGCCACCAACCCGCCCGCUCUCUAAGUCCGCCAAGGUCCUGAGCCAGAUCGAACAGUUGUUCGACGACAGCAGUGCAUCGGACAGUGAGCUGAUAGCAAACAGUGACAUCCCUACCAAAAUUAAAAUCAAGCGCGGCACAACGAUCCCCACGGUGAUCAAGCGGAAGCGACGAUUGGCGGCGAACGCGCGCGAACGGAAGCGCAUGCGGGGGCUAAAUGAAGCCUUCGAUCGCCUGCGACAGCACCUUCCCGCGGGUGGAGACGACCGGCAGUUGUCCAAGCACGAAACCCUACAAAUGGCGCAGACCUAUAUUACGGCGUUGUGCGAGUUGUUGAUUUAAGUGUGCGAUUACGGUGCGGAGUGGUUACGUUGUUAGAAGGCCAUAUUUAUAGGAGGUGAAUCAAGUCAUUAGGUUAAUUCUGUACGGUUAUUGAAUUAUUAUUAGGAACUUUACCAGUAUUAUUGAUAUUGAAUGUUUAAGAAGACUUAUUAUUAAUCGCUUAGUUGAAAAGCAAGCAAUAAAUAGAAAUAAUAAAAUGA